AUGUCUUCCGAGGAUGUUCCACCAGUACCUCAACACAAGCCCUCGUCUACUUUCGCAGAUGUCUUCAAGACGCUAGGUGUCGGCCGACCCAAAUCGCAUUCCCCGGUUUCCUUGCAAGAAAGCAGUAGCGAUUCGCUAUCACAUACAGACAGUCGCGGCGCCAAUCGGCUUGUACACGGUCUCGAAUCAAUGCAUCGUGGCAGUGUCGUGUCGAGUUCGUCGGACACUCCCAGUGGCCCGGACUUCGACACGUCCUUCCAAAACUUGUCGCAAACCCAAAACUUGACUCGGGCGAUUGAGGAGGCCGAAAAUUUAUCAAAAACCCUGCCCUGGUUCAGCUCCGAGCAGUCCGUGGUGCUAUGGGAAGCAGCCGAGUAUCUCUUGCGUCAUGAACGUGACUUGGAUGCCCAGAGAAGUGGCGCCCAGUUACUGGAGGCAAUCGCAGCACGUCAGGAUCUGUCUCCAGCAGCUAGGCGCCAGGUGUUUGAAUCGAUAGCCGCCCCGACUGCGCCUGAUGUGAUUUCUGCGCGCGUGCAAGCCUUGAUCUCUUUAUCCGAUCAUGGCAGGAAAUUGGAUUUCACUAAUUCUUCGAUCCUCCAUAUCAUCUCCUCAUGGAUUGUUCCUCUCUAUGAAGUUAUCGCAUCAGCGCGAUCGAAGGCAAAGAAAGGGAAGGUCAUCAAACUGAACGGUAUCAGUCAGGAUGAAGCAGCCUUGGGAGAUCUAUUCCAGUUUGCAGUGGACCUGAUCACUCUGCAGCGGAAGAAGCCAACUCAGGAGGAGAUUGAAAUGCUUCUCACAGAGUCGUUCACCACAUGCAGGAGAACCAGCGUCGCAGCCGACAUCAAAAACUCUUUGUCUGUAUUUGAUGCGGUGAUCAUGUAUGCCGACGUACCUGAUGCAAGCUUUCCAAUUCUCCUGGAAGUCCUUUGCAGCAUUCACGCAUCGGUAAAGUCACUUUCUGGGCCCACAUCUCGAGCGGUGCGCAGUCUAGCCAAGUCUCGCAGACAGGCAGAAAUGGUGAACACUCUCCACAAGUUCUUAAGGGAAUCGUGUGCUGUUGAACAAACUCGUAACAUGAAUGUGCUUCGUGGCACUGUUUACGUGUUCUCUGAUUUUGUCCGUGCCUACGGUCAAGAUGGCAUGCCCCAGCUUCCCUUUGAUCGGCUAAUAGAGUCAUUGCAAGUGAUUGCCCAGAAGGACGAUAGCCGGGUGGAUUCAGACAUCUUGGAUUUAUGUCUGAACAUCCUAGAAGGAGACUAUCUUCGUGUUGCCUUGGCACGUGAUUGGAACGCGUUCGCCGACCUUCUCAUAUUGUGCUCUCGCAGAGUUGUGGAAGAGUCAGCCAUAUCUCCCAUUUCAACGAGUUCCAAACCCACCGACGACAUCAAAUCCUACAUUCUUACAAAUCUCAAUCUGAUAGCUUCCAUUCUUGAAACCCAGUGGGAACAACUCAACCAAGAGCAAAAGCAGCACGCUGGUCGGUUCCUCAUGAAGAGCUACCAGCAUAUUGAGCCUACACAGGCUGAACUCAUCAUUCACUUGAUGAGAGAGGACAAACUUUGUGAGCCCCGCGAAGAUUUGGCCUGGGUUCGGCAUUGCCGUGAACUUAUUGAGCGAUUUGUUCAGCCUCGUAAACAAAGCUCGGACAUCCGCAUUCUAGCCUUGGACACGCUGAAAGGAGCUCUUUCGGGUCAUGAAGCUUCGAUUUUCUCCCAGGAGCACGGUCUUCUCAACCUUUUGCUGAGAGAUUUCUCGGCGGAGCAUGAUCUUCUUUUCCUGGAGUCGCUGGUCUCGUUGCUGACUGACCCGGCCAUACAACAUAGCGAUGACGAAACGUUCAAGUUAUUGAUCGGCGUUAUCGGAGCGCCAAUGCAGGGGGACUCGAACCCAGACGACCCACGCGAUACUUCAAGCUACGCAUCUCCUCCCCGCCGUACAUCCACCACGAGCGCGAGUGUUUUGGAGUUAAGUCUGACAAACGUCUGCGCUGUGGGUCUUGUGAAGAUGAUGCUUCGUGCCUUGAACCACUCUUCCACCAAAGCCGUGAUGGUAUUUGAGGCGCUCCUCGAUAUUGCACAGUCUGCAAACCGCCCGACGGACUCCCGACUCACUGUCCUGAAGCUACUCUUCCGACUGCGAUGUGAUUCGGCCGGGUCUGUGACAGUCAUAUCCACCUCGGAAAGUGACUUCCUGAUGAACGUUUUGGGUCGAAACCUCGACGGUGGUUCUAAACUACAAGCCCCCGGCGAUAGUCCUACCCGCGAAGCUCCCCAGCACGAUCCAUUCCCAGGCACUCUCAGCGGAAAGCUUCCAACAAGAGAGACAUCGAUAUCGAAGUCGGCUCCGGGGCGUGGUUCUAUCGCUGCCCGUGGAUCGAAGCUGACUGCUCCAUCGUGGACAUAUGCUCUCCUACAAGUACUUCCUGAGCAACCACCUGGGGAGUCCAGCCCUGUUGUCUUUGCAUACACGCACCCGGAGGCAACCAGUCCGGAGUCAGCCAAGUUGAAUGCGCCAGGACUAGGUACCACAGGAGUUUUGAAGGUCAAGAUGUGGCUCGAGGUUGUAAUCAGCCUGCUACAACGAGAGACCGACUGGGAUGUCUACAGCUAUGUUCUUACUCAUCUGGGUCCUCAGCUUGGUAACAAAGACUUUUUCAGAGAUGCCAUUCCUCAAAUCACGCUCUUGCGCAGCAUUCUCUGUGAUCAAGUCAAGAACGGGACUUUCCAUGAACCUCCUGAGAUCACUGGGUUGAAAAAGAGCGAUGUAGCUGCAUGUAUCUUUGAUGCGCUUUGUAUGCUCGUCAGUUAUCAUCAGCACUUUGCCAAGAGUGAAGAGGAUGAUCUUGUUCGUGCUUUCAUGCAGGGUAUCAUCGGAUCAUGGGGUGGUACCUCCCGCGGUUGCAUCCAAGCCCUGUCACUCUGUUGUUAUGAAAUCCCCAUGUCGGUGACUAAGUCACUGACCAGCAUUCUUGAUAGAAUGUCCAAGGUGAUCACCAUGUCGAACAUCGCUGUUCAUAUCUUGGAGUUCCUGGCUUUGCUUGCACGGCUACCAGAUGUGUACGUCAACUUGCGCGAGGAAGAAGUCCGCACCGUGUUUGGAAUUUGUAUUCGCUUUUUGCAGACCUCAAGGGAGCAGCGAUACAAAGCAGCUCAGUCGUCCCAAACUGCCGAGACUGCCGAACCCUCUCCGCAAGACGGCAUGUCCAAAUACAUUUCCAACCUUACCUAUCAUGUCAUGGUCUUCUGGUUCUUGUCUCUGAGACUGCAGGACCGUCCCAAACAUGUGAACUGGAUCACAAGCAGACUCAUUUACCAUGACGAACACGGCAAGGAGGUGGUUGAAGAACAAAGCCAAGUCUUGAUUGAUCUGAUGCAGCGAGUUGCUUACUCGGAUCUCGGAGAGACGAUUCCUUUCGAAACAUUCCCUCCUUCGCCUGAGGAUGGUCCAGUUGCGAAGAAGUCCUGGGUUGUCGGUAUGAGUAUUGUCACUGUGGAGAGUGCUGGAGUAUCUGGGAUAUCCCAAAUCACAAAGCGCCAGGCAUCAGGAACUACAUAUUCCGUCUAUCAACAGCGAACUGCCCCGGUUCUGCCGCAUCAAGUGCCUCCAACACUUGACGCCCAUUUACAUUCCGACUCCAUGCAUACAGCCGUCCUUCCAAGUCACAUCAUGCUCCAAUUGACUGCGACUGCUUUCCCUACGCCAACGGUCAUGCAGCCCAUCCCGGUUCCGGAAGACGACAUCACCCGCCGUGCGAUCAGCAACUUUGAUCGAACUGACAUUGUGGAUGGUCAUCGUAUCGGCAUUGUCUACGUCGGUAAUGCCCAGACAAAGGAGGCGGAUAUCCUAGCUAACACUGGGGGUUCUGCGGACUACGAGCAUCUGCUGUCCGGGUUGGGAACUAAAGUGUCUCUUCGAAACCCUCAAUUCAAUCCGCAGGGAUUGUAUGCCGACACUGACGGAGAAGUCACCUACGCUUGGCGAGAUCGUGUCACCGAAAUUGUGUACCACGUUGCGACGAUGAUGCCUACGGACCUUGAGCAUGACCCAGCUUGCAUCAACAAGAAACGAAACAUCGGCAACAACCAUGUCACCAUCGUGUUCAACCGAUCCAACCUGCCCUUCAACUUUGACACAAUCCCGUCCGAGUUCAACUCCAUCAACAUUGUCAUCACCCCGUCAUCUCGUAUCGCUUACGACGAAGAUGGCAACGCCAAAGGCGAAACCGACCCGCAAAAGCUCUUCUACAGCGUACAUGUCAUGAGCAAGCCUGGAUUCCCUGAUGUAUCGCCCGCUGCAACACCGAAGGUUAUCUCCGGAAAGAAUCUGGCAGCCUUUGUGCGCAUUCUUGCGCUCAACGCGUCCGUCUUCUCGCUUGUCUGGAAUAACAAGGGUGGCGAGCACACCACCUCCUGGCGCACUCGUCUACGUGAAAUCAAGAAGGUUCGCGAGCGUGCUCUCACAGCCCAGGCGCAACCCUCUGAACCCGCCGAAGGAGCUUACCCUGGCCAGCGUCGUGGUACCAAGGCCAACAUCUUCUCUGAGGAGCUGCCCUCGCGUGCUCCCCAGGUGCAGACCGACUUUGCGGCGGAGUGGAAUGCAGCGGCAGACACAAACAUUCUACAGAACCUGGACUUCUCCCGAUGGGCCCGCUGA